GAACUUCCCACUGUCAUAAUUGUCAAAUAUGGCGUCAGACGAAGAUAAAGACACACUUUAUUGCAUUUGUAGACAACCCUACAAUGAAAAUGAGUUUAUGAUUGAGUGUGACAUAUGCAAAGAUUGGUUCCACGGAAGCUGUGUUGGUAUUCUAGAGCAUCAGGCACCAGAUAUAGAAAUCUACCACUGUCCAAAUUGCCAGACAGAUCAUGGACCUUUAGUCUUAAAACAGAGAAGAAAUUGGCACAGACAUGACUACUCAGACAGUGGAGCCACAAAGGCUGUACAGACUGGGACUGUUGUGUUUAUCAAAGAAUUAAAAGGAAGGACUUUUCCCUCAGCUGAUGAAAUACCUUUGUUGCGAUUGCCUGGUAGUGCUAUUGGCAAGACAUAUUUUGACAAGCAUGGUUUCGAUAUUCCAUUGUUGUUUGAAAGUACAGAAGACCUUGGUAUGACAUUACCACCUCCCACUUUCACCAUUCAGGAUGUGGAAGAUUAUGUGGGUUCAAUGAGAGAGAUUGAUGUUAUAGAUGUAUCGAGACAAGAGGACUAUAAAAUGUUGAUGAGGGAAUGGACAGACUAUUACAACAGUCCAAACAGAGAUAAAAUCUUCAAUGUUAUCAGUUUAGAGUUCUCAAAAACCAGGUUGUCUGACCUGGUUAACGUACCAAGAGCAGUGAGGGAGGUGAGCUGGGUAUCUAAUGGAGUCUGGCCAGAGACGCUACCUGAUGACUGUACAUAUACGAAACCUGAGGUACACAAAUACUGCCUGAUGGGUGUGCGAGAUAGCUUUACAGAUUUCCAUAUUGACUUUGGUGGAACUUCUGUUUGGUAUCAUGUGCUCAGGGGAGAGAAAGUUUUCUUCUUGAUUCGUCCAACAAAUGCUAAUCUAUGCCUGUAUGAGACAUGGCUUAGUGCAUCCAAUCAAAGUGAGCUUUUCUUCGGCGAUCAGGUUGACAAAUGCUAUAAAUGUGUUGUCAAACAAGGACACACUAUCUUCAUACCAACUGGAUGGAUCCAUGCUGUCUUUACACCGAUAGAUUCCCUUGUUUUUGGAGGAAAUUUUCUUCAUAAUUACAACAUUCCUUUACAGCUUGAGGUUUAUGCAAUAGAGAAACGGGUGAAAACGUCAGAGAAGUAUCUGUUCCCUUCGUAUGAAACAAUUAAUUGGUAUGCGGCAAAGCAGAUCCUUGACACAAUGAGAGAUUAUAUUGAUGAAGGCAAGAAACCACCAGCAUAUGUAUUUGAAGGUGCAAAAGCACUUGUAUUCCAUCUAAGAUCAUGGACGCAGAGAAAAGACCUCAACCAGACACUAUUUAUAAAGUCUGCAAAACAUGAUGUUCCUGAACAUAUCCAAUAUGGCCGCUUGCUGAAGGAUCUUGGGAAAGAUGUGAAAAGUUGUGAAGAAUCGAUGAAAUUUGCAACACCAAAGUCCAGAGUGGAGAGGAAAAGAAAGAAAAAGAAAAAAGAAGUAAAGAAGAUAGAAGGCUUAGAUAUUCUUGAUAUGCACACACAGAACAAGUUGGAGGAAAUGGACAGAGAAAGAAAAAAUAUUUACAAUUUUGACGAUGAUGAUGAUGAUACGUCGCAGAGUUCCAGACUACCUAAGGCUGGUGCUUUCACCGACUCGUCCGAAACUGAAUCUCCAGAUAAAAGCUUUGCUUCUCGCCAUUCUCUCACCCUCAAGGUCUCAAACGGAAAAAUUGUAAGUGAACGUAAGGCUAAGAAAGGUGAGUUUCAGCCAUUUUUCAGUGGUAGUGACAAAGAGGAUAGUGAGGAAGAAAGUCUCGUUGUAGACGAGAACCCCAGCAAGGCACGUAAAAGUAAACAACCUAAACUCAAGCUCAAACUCUCAUUCCAUCAUCCACAAACCUCGUCUAGCACAUCAGCAGAGACACAGUCUAAGUCACAUGAUCAUCCGCCCAGUCAAGCAUCACAUUUUUCGCCGAAAUCUCCAAACAUGCAACUACAUCGUCCACAAACUUCUCGUCAAACAAUAACUGUGCCUCCAAUAUCAACAUUAUUGCCACCAAAAUCUGAACCUCCAUCAUCUCACACUGAUCUCAGUUCAAGUGCAAGUUCGCGGACAUUUAAAUCGGAACCUUCUGCAGUGAAAAGUGAAUUGACGUUAAGUGACAUUAUAAACCAGUCUGCCUUAAGUAAUUCACCAUCAACUAUAGGGAAGGUUGAACCACUUAGUGCCAGUGAAGGUGAAUCUAGUCUUGAACAAGAGUUGCGUCGCAAUAUUCCAACAAUAAGAGGUGGACUUAACGGAAGUAUUGCAGACAUAUUGGAAGCAAGCGGGUAUGGUACGGAAACAGCAUUCACUGUUGAUGAAGAUGUUGAACGAGCCCCAUCGCCAAGUAUGAGAGAAGCAAUACAGGGUAUGUUAUCAAUGAGUCGUGGUGGCCUCAGUGGGAUGCAGUUGUUUUCUCGAGCAGAGAGUCGGCGUCAGGGAAUACGAUCACGGAGUGCUCUAGCGGAGGAAGAUGAGGAGGAAAAACUCUCAAAGUGUUACCAAGACGAUGAGUUUGUAUAUCCGACAUUGGAGAUGGAUGAGGAAGAGCAAGAUCAGGUUAUGAGAGGCCAUAGUAAACCCAGCAAGGAUCAAACUUGGAACCCUAAAGCUAGAGUGAAUAUUUCCGUGCCACUUGGAGAAAGAUCUCAUAGAGAAGGUGUUACGAAGGAGUCAGUGAAAAAUAGUCUGGAACAAUCUGCUGCCAAAAUUACCUCAGCACCUAAAGUAAAACGUCCAUACAAAAAGAAACCUAAGUUAGAUUUAGAUUCUAUUGCCAGUACAUCAAGCUCAUUUCUCUCACCCACACACUCAGGUUCAGCAUUCCGGCCUGGUGUUAAAGUUGGUGGUUCAUUGUCAGACAGUGCUAACAAACGAAAGAAACCGAAGAAAGGGGAAGCUACAGCAAAACAGAGACUAGGAAAAAUUCUUAAGAUACAUAAAAUGGGCAUGCACUGAUACCUAAUACACAGUAUUGCUGAUUCAUUUAUUUAUUUACACAUCAAACAUUUAUCAUUCUACAUCAGUAGAAUUAUUCAAACUUUGUGCUACAGGAGUGUAACAUUUUGCUGUCAAAUCCAGUUGAUUCUGGAUUUAUAAAACAAUAUAUACACUGCUGCUGUUGUAAAGCAAGGAUGUUGGUGGUUUAGCUAUAAAUCUGAAGUGCUACGGUUUAUCCUGUGAAAUGUUCAGCUGAAAUCUGAAGAUCAAAAGUGUGGAACCAUGUUUUAUCCAGUUAAUCAUAUAUGACGCUUGGGUUUAUCCAUUAUCGAGUCAACUGCAUAGCACGUUGGACCUUACUCUCAAGAUUGCAUAAAUGAGAAUGAAUGUUCAGUGGUUACAAAUGACACUUGUACAAGGAAUGCUUAAUGUAUUGAACAAAAUAAAACCUAUACUUCAUGUUUUCAUAAUUUAUAUAUUUAACUACAUUCUGUUCAAAUAACAUUACCACAAGCAUAAUCUUGUGUUCAGUUUCACCUACAAACAUAAUCUUGGGUUCAGUUUCACCUACAAACAUAAUCUUGGGUUCAGUUUCACCUACAAACAUAAUCUUGGGUUCAGUUUCACAAAUUAUAUUUUUUUAUACAAGGGCAUUCUGAAAGGGUUUUUGUUGUAAAGGAUCAAUUUGUUUGAAAACAUUUAUAUCCUUCUAUCUAUUUAGUUGUGUGGUUUAACUAGUUUCUGAUAUUAGCUUGCUUUGUUAAGUAUUUCUAUUAGGUUGUGUUUCUUUUGUUCACAGAUCCCCCAUGAAGUACUAACAGUAAGUAUUUACCAUAGGCACUUAUGUAUAAUGCACAUUUUUUUUUACCUCCAGGUCCAUCCCUGCAUAGUCUACACAGGUAUAGUCUUAAAAACGAGUUUGUUUACGAUUUUUGCCAGUUCACGAUCACACCUUUUGUUAUCAGUAUGAAGUUCAUGCUAUUCAAAGAUAUUGAAAGCAGCUGCUUUCUAUUUAUUUGUAAAAUUUGAAUUUAAAAAAAAAAGAAACAAAUAUUACGAUAUUUUAUUGUUUUUAUUUUUAAGUAAAAAAAAAUCGCUUGUAUAGCAAAACAUAUUGCGCUCUCCACCACACAGAUAAAAUUUAUUCCAUGUAAACUGUACUUUCAUUUUCAGUCUACCUCAAUAUUGGCCAAAAAAAUGUUUCCCCACAAAUUCGAGCUAAACUGAUGGUUGGGGGUGGGAUGCGUAUUAUACCCUUUUGUGCAUUAAAAAUAGGUAUCUACAGUGCUACAAAAUGGAAGUUUUACAAAGCUUCUGCCAGUUUGAGAUUUGGCAAAAAAAAAAUGGGGAAAAAAGAGAGAAUAAUUUUCCAGCAAUAAAAGAAAUAGUUAGCUUUCAUACUGUUUUUUUUUUUAGUCGGCUAAAGGCUGAAAGCCUUUUGACGAGUCCUUGCUGUUCAGCGAUUCUCUAAAUGGACCGAAUAACACGUGAAGAGAUGUAGUUCCAUUAGAUUUCUCAAACUUCAAACUGUUCACUGCAUGAAUGAAGUUAAGUUGUGUCAAUUCUCUUUGCUAUGACCAAUAUACGAUGUAAUCUGUCAUAUUUAUGACUUGUAAUUGUGCAAUACUCGAAUGUAACUCAUUAAGCAUAAAUGUGCAUUUUAAGAAUUGCGCAGGCUUACAAAGCUUGGGUAACAUCCAGCGAAAGACAAAAAAUAGCUCCACAGGGCUCCAGAUAAGAUGUGUAUUAGCGUAAAUUACGUAUAGAAAUAAUGCAAAUACGCAUGUCUAAUAAUUUCUAAGCAUAUAAAAACGUAUAUAGAAUUACAGAAACGCACACAAUGCUUUUUUAAAAACAAAAUCUGAAUCGUCUGGAUGUGUUAGGUAACAUAGUCGAUCAGCCUUAAUUCUCCCACAUUGAACGUAAACACGCAUCGUAUGAUUUCUAUAAACUUUGCGUGGGUUGAAUUUUGCAGUCAGUAAACGGAUAAAUUAUCGGAAGAAGAAGCUCUUACUGGUUUGUUUAGUUACUACUGAUAUUAAAAAUGAUUUUAAUUCAUAUUUUUCGAGAAAUAAACAAAUCGGCGAAACAUUAAAUUGUAUAUUCUUGUAGUUUUUGAAAUCGAAAGUAGAUCGUCUAUGUUUGGCUGCUUUCACGAAACGAAACAACUUUUUUAUGAAAAGAUUUAAAUAAGAGGUAAUUUAACUGUAAACUUCAAUGUCAGAUACUGCCAAUUGCUGCUAAAUGUCUUCAUAUCAUCACAAUUUGUAAAAUAUAUUGUUGAAACUGGAGAAAAGUGUUAUCGUAUACGGAUAUAAUAUUUUGGGUAAAUAUCGAGCUGUGUUAUGAAAUUUUAAGAAAAAAACUAAAAACAAACUGAAACUGGUAGACUAUACUGUCAGUACAUCAAUCAUUAGCCGACUCAGGCCCUUCAGGCCUUUGAUUUUAUGUGUAGUUUUACAUGAGAAAGGAUUAUUAUGCUUAGCAAACCAGAUUCCUUAGAGUUAUAUAUAUGUACACUUGAAUGAUUACCAUUUAGGUAUAUUAUAAUAGUCCUUAUUACAAUAUGACUUUUUUCUGUUUUUAAAAGUAAAAAAUCUUGCUAAAGCAUUUUCUCACAAUAGAAAAAAAAAAGACAUGAGGUUGAAUAAAAACACUUUAUCCUGCCAUCUGCUAAUACACAUCAUGUCUUGCUUCCUGACCUUCACAGGACUUCUUUAACUGCACAGUUUAACAAAUCUAAAAUAAAAAAAUUUAAUGAUAAACCUAUACCAGUGUUAGAUGUGUCACCUGUCAGUUAUUAACUAUUAAAAAGUUCCUUUUUAAUAUGGAUUCAGAAUUAAAUAAUAUAUUUCAAAUAAGUUGCCAUAGUUUUCUGUACACAUUAAUACUCUUGUCUUUGAGAGAAAAUACAAGAAAGCUUCGGAUACCUUAUACAGUUAAGUUUGCAGGUUCAGAAUCUGGUUUCAGUGAGGACGAAAGGAAUGUGCCAUAGAGAGAUUCUUAUUUUGUAGAAGACUGGCUGACCUAGGAACAAAAUGCUCCAGGGUGAGGUUUUGUGGAUCACUUUUGUCUGCCAAAACACAGAAGGCCAUAUUUCUUGAACAAUCUUUAUGAAAUGUACAUGGUCUCAGUGUCUUAGUCAGUGGGCUAGAUUCCUGCUGUGGACUUUGAGGGGACUCCGUGGCCAGUUGGUUAAGGUCGCUGACUUCAAAUCACUUGCCCCUGAUUGAUACGGGCUCUAGCUUCACUUGGGGCUUCGAAUUUUUCAUGUGAGGAAGCCAUCCGCUGGCUUACAUAAGGUCUGUGGUUCUACCCAGAUGCAAGCUCCUGAUCAAAUAGUGCACGGAGGGGCAGCUGGGGUCCUCCUCCACCAUCAAAGCUGGAAAGUUGCCAUAUGACCUAUAAUUGUGUUGGUACAUUGUUAAACCCAACAAAAGUAAAUAGAUAAAAUAAAUAUUUAGUCAGAUUUUGUAACUUUUCACAAUGUUGGCAUGUGUGAUUCCACAUUUCUUGAGCAGUUCUCCAGACAGGCAGAAUGUGUAAAGAAGCAAUAUUGGUAAAGUUAUUGCCGUGGUUUUGAUGAAGAUUGCUAUAUUUUACCUUUAGUGCUCUUUGAAUUCAGGUGAGCACUAUAAGGCCAUUGUGGCUGUCCUGUUUUAGAUUGUUUUUGUAGUAUUUGACUGUGCAAUGUAACAGGGUUGUUUUACUGCAUAUAUUUGUUUCAAAUCAUCUACCUUGUUUGCAUCACUUUCAGCAUUUUAUACUGUCUUUUUAUCCCUGUAAUAUAUAUUUUUGUUAUGUUCUUGUUGGAAAUCUUAGUAUUAUAUCUUAAAUGGGAAUGACUUCAAACUGUUGUCAGAUUUUUUCAAAAUUUUGAAAAUACAAGAAAAUAAUGUAAAAAAAAUAGUGAUAUAGAAAUAAGUUUUUAUUGUUGAUAAAAAUGCUUGUUAAGUCUUUAACCUAUGUACAUGGUGGCCAACCAAUAUGACUUUUGGAUAUCGUACACACAAAGAAAACAUUUCAAUCCAGGUUUGCCUGUAUUUUCCUAUUACUUUAUGGAUUUUCAUAAAAUAAAAGGUUUUGAAGACAGCAAAAUGUGUGCUUUCCUCCACACAAAGCAUCUGCCGCAGUUCUCAGUACUUUUCUCAAACACUUUGCUCACCUGUUUUUCGUAAACUUUGUUGAUAACAUACAGAGAAAAGUACUGAGAACUGAAAACACGUUUUAUGCAGACAAAAUCACUCAUUUUCUUGUCUUUGACACUCCUUCUCUUACGAAAAUCCGUCAAGUAAUAAGAAAACUAUAAGCAAACUGUUACUUGAGUCAGGACGUUUUAUCCAUGCAUAUGAUACUAUAAAAUCAUUUAAUUUCGUGGGAUUGAAAUUUCGUGGUUUUGGUCAAAACGGUAAUUUCGUGGGGAUAAGAAUUUGUGGAUUUCAACUUUUGAACGUAAAAUGAAUGGGAAUUUUACUUGUUCAUUGGGAUUAAAUUUCGUGGAUCGAGUCAACCACGAAAUCCACGAAUAUUUAAUUUAAUGAUUUCACAGUAUCCAAAAGUCACCUGGUAGGCCACCCUGUUUACUGCAUAGCCCAAAGGUAAAAUUUUCUUGUUCAUUAGAAGAAAUAUGCACAUAUUGAUAUCAAAUUAAAUAAUUUGUUUUUGUUCACUAGUAAAUGUGAAUUAAAACCAAUGUUGAAUGCAACACAGUAUAUAUUUAUUCAUAACAUCACUUGUGUAGUCUGUGAAACAUGUAUAGCAUUAUUCACACAGUAUACUUUUAAUGCAGAAGAGAAGGAAUUACGUAAUAUUAUAGCAUAUUUUUAAAAUGUUAACUUAAAUAGCAUUGAUCUAUGGUUUUAGUAUUUAUUAUUUUUUUUUUAAGAUUUUAGUGUUGAUUUAAGCCAUGAAUGUUGAGUUAAGAUUUUUUAAAAAUUUCUUUGGAAGUUAAAAAUUGUUUUCUAAGAGAUGUAAAUCAAGAGGCAUACCCAUUUAAGAUUACAAAAUGUUGAAAUUUUUUAUAAACAUUUUUUGAAACGCACAUUCUUCAUAAUGUAAAAAUUGCAAUAUUUUUCUUUUUUGGCAGCUACUUGUAAGUUUUUUCAUUGUUUUGUUUUUUCACAUCUAUCAAUAAUAUGAUCAAGUUGAAAAAUUUUAAAGUUCAUGUUUUAUAUGUGCCUGAGUCUUCCACACACAUUUACUGUAGUAUCCUUACAUUGAGAAACAGUUCAGCUGAUUUUUUUUCAAAAUAAUUGUGAAAUUUUUUAUUUCAAAUUGAGGAGUCUUACAUGCAGACUACAAAAUUUGAUAAUUUUCAAAGUAGAAGCUUCAUCAGGGUAACACAGUGAAAUCAUUUAUAUAUCUGCAUGAUCUGGCAGGAAAAAAAUUGCGGAUUUUGUGUCUUCAUCGGUCAACAAAAUUAAGAAGCAUCAAUCAAACAUGUGUCACUUUCGUUUAAUCCUGCAGUAUGAAAUCCCAUCAAUUCUUAUUCAAACAAAAUCCUGUUUUCUCCAAAACCACAAAUUUUCAUGCUCGCAAAAUUAAACCAUUUUACUGUAUCGUACAUUAGAAGCGACUAUGGUAGUAUUACUUACUGGUACACGGUUUGUUCCUGACAGGACAAAGGAUACUCUCUAUAUAAGAAAACCAUACUUGGUAGGAGCUGAGCUCUAGUCCGAUAUGGAAUUUUGGACAGCUUAUAUUCCAGAUACAGUAUUUUGCUAAAUCUGUCUAUUGUUACAGUAAUUUGUUUUGUGUUAUUGUCUUAAAAGUAACAUAUUUGUGUCUUACAAAAAUAUUUUUGUAUACAAUACACUUAGGUAAUUUAUGUGAGAUUGCCAGAGAUUUUUACCAGUCGGAAAAAAAGGAUAAAUGAAUAUAAUCUAAGCUGCCAAGGUUGAAAUGGAAAACUUCAGUUUUCUAAGCUGUGUAAGUUUUUGCAUACUGUGAAAUCAUUUAAUUUCGUGGGCAUGAAAUUUCGUGGUUUUUGUCAAAUUGGCAAUUUCGUGGGGAUGUGAAUUCGUGGAUUUCCACUUUUGAACAUAAAAUGAAUGGGAAUUUUACUUGUUCGUUGGGAUUAAAUUUCGUGGAUUGACUCAACCGCGAAAUCCACGAAAAUUAGUCCCCCACGAAUAUUAAUGAUUUCACAGUACCUAUGAAUACUAGAUUUUUCUCAGUUGUUAACUGUAUCUUACAAAAGUUUAUAGGUGGAGAAUGUAUUAGCAGUGUUGCCCUAACUUUACAUCAUAAUUCAGUUCCCGGUAUUGUAGUUGACAUUGAUGCUAUAAAAACAACACAGUAGUUAAUAGAUUUGCAUUAUUUAAAACAAACUUGAUAAGCCAUUUAUGCUGGGUAUUUACUUUACAACGGGAACUUUUUUAGCUCGACUAUUCAUAGAAUAGUAGAGCUAUUGGACUCGCCCAUGCGUCGGCGUCCGCGUCGGCGUCCGCGUCCCGAUUUGGUUAAGUUUUUGUAUGUAAACUGGUAUCUCAGCAACCACUUGUGGGAAUGGAUUGAAACUUCACACACUUAUUCACUGUGAUAAACUGACUUACAUUGCACAGGUUCCAUAACUCUAUUUUGCUUUUUUACAAAAUUAUGCCCCUUUUUUGACUUAGAAAUUUUUGGUUAAGGUUUUGUAUGUAAGCUGGUAUCUCAGCAACCACUUGUGGGAAUGGAUUGAAACUUCACACACUUAUUCACUGUGAUAAACUGACAUACAUUGCACAGGUUCCAUAACUCUAUUUUGCUUUUUUACAAAAUUAUGCCCCUUUUUCGACUUAGACAUUUUUGGUUAAGGUUUUGUAUGUAAGCUGGUAUCUCAGUGCUCACUAAUUGGAAUGGAUUGAAACUUCACACACUUGUUCACUGUCAUGAUCUGACAUACACAAAGCAGGUUCCAUAACUCUGUUUUGCUUUUUUACAAAAUUAUGCCCCUUUUUUCGACUUAGAAUUUUUUGGUUAAGGUUUUGUAUGUAAGCUGGUAUCUCAGUACCCACUAAUGGGAAUGGAUUGAAACUUCACACACCAGUCCACUGUCAUGAGCUGAUAAGCACUAUGCAGGUUCCAUAACCCUAUUUUGCUUUUUUUAAAUUAUGCCCCUUUUUCGACUUUCGUAUUCAUUCAGUCGACAAGGCUGUUGAAUAGUCGAGCGUUGCUGUCCUCCGACAGCUCUUGUUUAUUACAAAAUUGGUGCUUAAAUCCAAUAGUACACAUAUAAAGAACAUAAUUUAUUAACAAAGUUAGUGAUUAAGAAUUUUCUGUUUUAGAUAAAUUCAUAAAACAGUUAAUGAUUUGCUUUCUUUUGUUCUAUAUGGAUUGAAGAAUUUUUGCGUCAAUUUUAUUUUUACUGUUUCUAAAUGCAAGUGUUUUUCUACAGAAUGUUGAAUAUACAUGUAGAUUGAUUUGUAAAUUAUUUAUAUUAAUAUAUAAAUAUAUAUAAUUUAAUAUAUAUAUAUAUAUAUAUAUAUAUAUUGUAAAAUUGUAAAUAACUCAAAGAAUUGUACAUUUGACGCCUAGCUACAGAGAUUUAAUUUUUUAGAAAUAACAUAUCAGAUAGAUAAUUGUUCAGAAAUUUAUAAUGCAAAAAAGAAUAUACUUACUGAUAUUUUUUUCUUCUCAAAGUAUGCAGGGACCGGUUGGAUAUGCCAAUAUCUGAAUCCACCCGAAAUAUUUUGAAUGAGGAAAUGAAAACAAACUUUACGCACUUGAUCUUCUAUAAUGCUGAGAGCAGAUAUAGUUAAAGAUGAGAAUUUUUAAGGGGCCUUAAUUCCGAGUUUACUUUUAUUUGAUGUAAAAGAAAUAAACCAAGAUCUCAAAACCUGAAGGCAUUUUUAGUAUUUACAUAUAAAUAGAAAUUGUAUUUUUUCUUAUUAUUUAUUUUAUGUGACAUGGUAUUGCGAUCUCAUUAGCAUAACGCAAUUGCAGAAAUUAACAUUGCUUGGUUAAAAACAUCCUGCGCUUACUGUUGAGGGUAUGUUUCAAAAGGUCAAACUUUGUCAUUGUCAGGACAUAAUUGAGGUACUUUUGUUUGAAUAUUUGGUCGUGCCCAGCACCCUUUAAUGAUAUUGGUCCUUAAAGUUUCAUUUUUGCUGGGUUUUUUUUAUAAAAUGCAGCUUCUUGACUCACUGCUGAUAAGUCUAAAUUGAACACAAGUGUAUUUAUCAUACAUUCUAGGCAAGAAGUGUUCAUUUUUUUAUACUCUGUUCCUAUAUACUGUAGACAGUUCAUGUGUUUACCGAGAUAGCAAUUAGAGAUGUAUAGUUAUGUUUGUCAAAGGCAUAGUUUAUGGCUGCUUGUAGAAUUUCUUUUAUUAAGUUAAUAGUUUGCUCAGUAGAGAAAAUAUUAUGUUAAGUGUUUAUUUUGCAGUAUCAUUAGGACUUAAUCAUGGUGAACAUUUUGAAUGUAAUCAUUUGACAUGCAGAAUUCUUUGUGUUGCUGUCUAUAUACAUGUAUAUAUGUAUGAUGAGAAUUCAUGGUAAAUUUUACAGAAAAAUGAAUAAAAGCAAAAAUAUA